AUGUACGCUAGGAAGACUGCGGGUGAAGAAACUACAUUGGAUGUUGAAAAUCUACAACACAUAGUCACUGAAAUAUUAGCAGCAGGAACCGAGACGACCACAUCAACACUGCGAUGGGUAUUACUCUUUAUGGCAACAAACCCAGAUGUGCAAGAGAAGUGUUACCAAGACGUCCAGACACACUAUCGCUUACCGUAUAAUUCUAUUAUUAUUACCAAUUUGGAUUCUGUUUUAAUGGAUGAAAAGAUUUGGGGCGAUCCAAAAGUCUUCAGACCCGAGAGAUUUAUUUCAGAGGAUGGUAAAUUAAUACCCAGAGAAGAACUCAUUCAUUUCAGUAUUGGAAAACGAAAAUGCAUGGGGGAAACUACAGCCAAGAUAGAGGUCUUUCUUUUCUUUACUCAUCUCAUUCAAAGAUUUAGAUUUAUAACCGAACCCGGAAAGCCAGCCCCUGGAUUCGAAGCCGCUUUUGGAGCUACCAAUGCCCCUAAGGCUUUCAAAAUAUGUGCUAUUCCCCGGUAA